UGUAAACAGAGUGGCGGCCGCUAUCCCGUUCAGAGUGUGAUUGUGUCUUAUUUGACUAGUUAAUUAAAUGCUCUACGUUGAAUUAUAAUUAUAAAAAAUGAGUAGUGGUUUCAUCAGUGAAAAAGAUGUUGAAGAACAUCGCCGUAUUCGUCAGGAGAACUGGGCACAAUCCCGUGGGGAGGAUGACCCCCUAGAGGCCCCAGAACCCCCAGUCGACCACCGUUCACUCUACGACCGCCUUCAGGAACAACGGCAGAAGAAGCAGGAUGAAUAUGAUGAGGCUCACAAAUUCAAGAAUAUGGUCAGAGGGUUAGAGGACGAUGAAGUGGACUUUCUGGAACUUGUCGACAGAAGCAAACUGCAAGAGGAGAAGAGAGUUCGCACAGAAGAAAACUCUGCAAUGGAAGAGUACAGGAAAAAAGUCUCAGAAAUGCAGAAACACGCAGCUGAGGAAGAGAUCAGAGCAGAAAUGAAGGCCGCAGAAGCACGCAAAAAUGCCGGGGGGUCGAAUAAGAAGACAUCACACCUUUCUCUCUUAGCCGGAGCCAUCAAGAGGAAGCCCAGCGACGACGGCAAAAAUUUAGAGGAGCCCUCGGAUUCCAAAAAGACAAAAAUAGCAUCUCCCAAAGAGGAUGCUUCCCCCAGUGAGGCCCCACCAUCUGUCAAACCAUCAGGUAUUCAGUGUGUUGCGGUUCUGCCAGGCUUAGGAGUCUACACAGAUUCAAGCGACUCUGACAACAACAUCGACUCGGACAGCGACGAAGAUGAGACGGCAAAUGAACUACCUCAACAGCCAAGGGACAUCACUGGCCGCAUUGUGAAACCAGCCUCUCAGUGCAAUGGACAGUCAAGUUGUUGAUAGUUAACACAGGAUGAGAGAGAGACUGCAGUGUAUAUCAAGUGGACUUCAACUUGCAGUUGUUGUAGGAUGUCUUGUGAUGAAUCACUGUUUAAUUUGUGUGAAUCUUCAUUAAUGAAUGUAGCUGUUUUAUUUUUCUUGUUUGGGUUGACUGAGGAUCUUUGAAUUCUGUUCUUCAUAAUAAUUUUAUCAUUUUGUGAAAAGGAGUUAUGAUAAUUAAAAUCAGACCACAGUG